AUGGCCUGCCUUCGAGCUUCCCUCGCCGCCGCCGCUGCCGCAUCGAGGACGACGGCGACGCCUUACACUAUGCCUUUCCUUUCUUCCGCUUGUUCCAGCCUCAGGUCGUACUCCCCCUCCGCCUCCCGCAUCUCCCUGAGGUUCUUCGCCGCCUCCCCUCUACGCCCACACAUGUAUCUGGUAAAUACCUUGCUGCUUGCUGUGGAUUCAAUGCGAACCUCUUUGAAGUUGAGAAUAGCGAUUUUUUAAUGGCAUUGCUCGCCGGUGUGCCUUCCUGUGCUGUUUUUUGGUGGCAGAAUCUGCAAACCGGAGUGGGGUUGGUGCGCGCCUUUUCCGGGAAACCUUCUGCAACGUCCUCCGCGUCUGAUCCUAGCCAGUUGAAAAGCGCGAGAAAAGAUAUCGAGGAGCUCCUUCGAACUACGUUCUGCCACCCGAUCAUGGUUUAGGAUAUAGCAACCUGCUGUUCUUCGAACUUUCUUCUUCCUCUAUUCUCGCUUCUUUUUAUGAGCGUUUAUGGUUGAUAUGAGAAUAGGUUGCAUUUGGUUGAUGACCUCUGGUACAUCACUACUUUGGGAUUUAGAAGCUGGAGGCUCUUGGUCCUGUUCCCCCGUCUGUUGAUUUCACUUGUAUCGGUGAUUCUUCUGAUUGCAAACUGCACUUUAUUGGCUGUUCGGCCUGGUAAACUACCAGUUUUAAUCCCACUCUGGUACUGUCAAUUGAUUCGUUGAUCGACGAUUAAAGUGCAGGACGUUUUAGUGCUCAUUGUGGGAAUUAUUUGGUCUUAUGUUCUGAAGCAAUCAAACUGUGUUUGCAUCGGUGCUGUAGAUAUUUGGUUUUUGAUUAUUUCGUUUUAGGGAGCUGGUAAAGUUUCCAAAGGGUUUAUUCGAUACAAGGGAGGAAUGAAUCGUUUAGAAAAUUGAAAUAUUGUAAAUUUAUUUCCCUUUUAGGGAGUGUGAAUGAUCCCAAUAUUGACAACAUUUGGCCCAGCUUCCAUUUGGAAAAUUCUGGGGACUUCUGAGGUCAUGAUAGUGGAGCCUUUCCAAUUUUGGUGGAAGAAAAGAAGUGAUAAAUUCUGUAGUCUGGUUAGAUGAAGGGCAAUCAUUCUCUAAUUUUCACUGGAAGGUUAAGCCGAAGAUGAAGCACAGGGAGCCCUUUGCUGCAUACAGGAAAAACGGCAAAUAUUUUAAUAUCAUUAGCUUCAAUCAAACUUAUUUGUGUGCAAUGUUCUAGUUGUGACCUAGUGUUUUUUCCUAAAUUUUGUCUUUUUGAGAUUUUAUAUCGCAAUGUUUGGAGUCGAUUUCAACGAGUAACUCAUUUUCUGGGUUCCUAUUUUAGAUUCGGUUGGGAUGGCAUGAUGCUGGUACCUAUGAUAAGAAUAUCAAAGAGUGGCCUAGAAGAGGAGGCGCAAAUGGAAGCCUGAGAUUUGAAGGAGAGCUGAAACAUGCAGCCAAUGCCGGUUCGUGACUGUUCUGGACCAUCUCAUUCAAAGAUUCUUGAUGUUUCUGUCCAUUGACAUGAUUCUGCAGGCCUUGUCAAUGCCUUGGCGCUACUUCAACCCAUUAAGGACAGAUAUCCUGGCAUUACAUAUGCCGAUCUAUUUCAGUUAGCUAGUGCUACAGCAGUGGAGGUUUGCAUUUGUUUCAAUCCUCUCUUUCUCUGAUAUGGUUCAUUAGUGAUGAGGAAGAGGGAAUUCAAAACGUUGAAUUUGGUGUAAAUCGAUAAAAAAUGGUCACAUCUUCUUCUUUUCUUCUUCUUUUUCAACCAUCAGGCUGCUGGAGGCCCCAAAAUUCGAAUGAAGUAUGGUCGUAAAGAUGUCACUGAACCCGAGCAAUGCCCAGAAGAGGGCAGGCUUCCUGGUAUGGCCAUUUCACGGAGCUGAUUUGCUAUUCAAAUUUCAAUGAAGAUUCAAUGUACAUCUUUUUGUGGGCUUGGGAUUUCCAGUUAAAUCUGUAGAGCAAACCAAGACCCUGCAAAGUGUCACCCGUGCAUCUGUUAGAUAUCAUUUUACAUGCCAUACAGAAUCAUUGCUUAUCUAUAGCUUUUCUAACAUUGCGAGAAUAUUUCGGUCUUCAUCCACUUGCUCCAUGUUAUAUCUUUUGGCUACUUAAGGUGAUGCCACGUGUUAUAUCUUUUGGAUGUUGUUCAUUGCCGUUUAUUGCAAUACAAUGCACCUAAUUUCCCUCUUCCCUUAAAAAAUUGUUGGAUUUGUUAGCAUAAUCGCUCGGUAUGAUUUUCAUUUAGGUGAAGCAAUGACAAAUGUAUGACACUGUAUCCAUUCUGGUGAUGGAAAAUUUUCCUUCUGAACUUGUCUUUUCUUUUUUCUCAAUUUCGUGCUUAUAUGGCUCACAAUGAUCAAUACAGUUCUCAGGGGACUUCCCCUUUGUAUUGCUUUAAGGAAUUUUAUUCUAUGACUGUUGACAAUGAAACCCGCACAUAGCAUUGACGGGGCUACCUUUGAUUCAUUGGUGUUCUUCUCUGGUUGCCAUUCCUGCGCACACUCUUCAGCUACUGAUUGACACUAACAGAGGCCUUACACUUGUUUUAAAUGCCUAGACGCCGGCCCACCCUCCCCUGCUGGACAUCUGCGGGCUGUGUUCUACAGAAUGGGCCUUGAUGAUAAGGUUUGCAUUACAGGAUAUGUUCUUGAUGAUCCACUUUUGCAUCGCUCAUUUCUACUCAUCGCUUCUCUGUUUAGGAAAUUGUUGCAUUAUCAGGUGCUCAUACACUAGGAAGGGCCAGACCUGAUCGCAGCGGUUGGGGCAAGGCAGAGACCAAGUAUACGGUAUGGAUACCCCGUCCACUACAACAGUUGCUAUCGCAGCAUGCUGAUUAUUUUCCCUCCUAGGAGAGCUAGGAACCUUCUCUUAGAGAGCAUGUGUCAUGGAGAUGAGCGCAAGAACAGUACUCUAGCCAUAUAUCAAAAUCCCUUGCCCGUUUCCCCCUAUAUUAUACAUUUCUUUUUCUUUUUUCGUUAAAACUUUCUAAUAAUGUAAACCAUAACAUUCACUGGAAAGUAUUUGCAUCCAGAUUCAUCGGUUAUUAUCACAUUUAUUUCCAGUUGAUUAAAGCUGUUGCAUCUCCAAUCCCAUGCAUUGAUUACCAAGCUUAGUUUUUCAAAUAUAAUAUAUAUAUAUAUCCCAUAUGCAUGGCUUGUUUACAGUUAGUCUAGUAGAUAAUAUCCUUAAAUCUUGCUAUAUAUGGCUCAAUGAAGAUGCUUUAUCUGACCUAAUUAUCUGUAAAAUGAUUGACAGAAAGAUGGGCCUGGGGCACCCGGUGGCCAUUCAUGGACCGUUCAGUGGUUGCAGUUCGAUAACAGCUACUUUCAGGUAAGAAAAGAAAGCUACAUUUAGCCUUAGAACAUGUUAUAACCCUGCGAGUUACUUUUCCCAGGAUAUCAAAGAACGAAGAGACAAAGAUCUGCUCGUUCUGCCCACUGACGCUGCCCUCUUUGAAGACCCCUCCUUCAAGGCAAAGCACAUGAAUUCCAGAUGCGCCUUCUCUCUACAAAGUCAGACCAUGGUCGAGUUAAUUUAUCUGUCGGUGCUCGUUCAGGUGUAUGCUGAGAGGUACGCCGAGGACCAGGACGCCUUCUUCGAGGACUACGCAGAAGCCCACGCCAAGCUCAGUAACCUGGGCGCUGAGUUCGACCCUCCUCAGGUGUGCCUCUGAGCCACCAUCUUCUCUUCCCUGACAGCAAGUAAUCUAUAGCUUAUGAUGACUGCCCCCCCCCACCAGGGUUUCUCCAUUGAUGGCGUCCCCAACAGCCCCGAGGUCUGA